AUGAUUUUUGAACCAGCAGAGAGGGUUCUGCUUCCAACAAGCGACCUAUUGUCCUAUAUCUUUGACGAGCCACCAUAUGACCAAGACCAGCCAAUCUAUGUCGACGUCAACAAUCCUACUCGGUCGAUCUCCUGUAACCAGGCGCGAAAACUCAUUCGUCGGCUCAUCGCCGGCCUACGGGCAUCUGGACUCCAAAAAGGCGACUGUGUUCUCAUUCAUUCUUUCAAUGAUAUAAAUUAUAGCAUUCUUGUCUUGGCCAUUAUCGGAGCUGGAGGAUGUUUCACAGGCUCUAACCCAUCUUACACUCCACAUGAGCUCGCUCACCAUAUCAAGGCCUCCGAAAGCAAAUUCCUUUUCUCCGAGCCCGAGAUCUUGGAUUCUCUCAUGCGUGCGGCUGGGGAGGCAAAUUUACCCAACCAAAAUAUUUGGAUUUUUGACAAUUUGGGACAAUCUAUUCCAGAUGGGAUGCGAUCAUGGAAACAGCUAUUAGAAUUCGGCGAGGAGGAUUGGGUGCGAUUCAACGAUCUAGAAACCUGCCAACAGACUACCGCGGCGAGGCUGUUUAGCAGUGGCACGACUGGUCUGCCCAAGGCCGUGACAAUCACGCACCACAAUCUCAUUGGACAGCAUGAGCUUGUCCAUGGCGUAAAUCCACGCUCUUACCCUAUUUCGCGGGUCAUUGCGGUACCCAUCUUUCAUGCAUCUGCAGCUCCAGUGGCGCAUAUUUCAACUCUGAAAGCUGGCUCAGUCGCAUAUAUGAUGCGUCGGUUCGACCUUGAGACAUACCUCACUACGGUCGAAAAGUACAACGUCACCGAUCUUGCUCUGGUUCCACCGAUCGUAAUAGCAAUCCUCAUGUCCCCUCUUUCUCAAAAGAAACCUUAUCUGCGCGGAGCCCGAAACGCAGGCUGUGGAGCGGCUCCUUUGGAUAAGAACGUCCAAGCCAGGUUCCGCUCACUGAUGGGUGACGGCGCCCCAUUUACUCAGGUAUGGGGCAUGACUGAAACAUCGUGUAUAGCUACCAUGUUUCCCCACACUGAGCACGAUGAUACAGGAUCUGUUGGCCGACUUAUCCCAAACCUUGAAGCCAAACUCAUCGACGAAGAAGGAAAGAAUAUCUCGGCAUUUGACGUCCGUGGCGAGUUGUGUGUCCGAGGUCCAACAGUGACACCCGGGUACUUCAACAAUCCCGAGGCUAAUGCCGAGGCCUUUGACUCUGAGGGUUGGUUCAAAACGGGAGAUAUAGCCUAUUGUGACCAGCGCACUCGCAAAUGGUAUAUUGUGGAUCGCAGGAAGGAACUGAUCAAAGUCCGCGGCUUCCAGGUGGCCCCACCGGAGCUCGAGGCGGUGCUCUUCUCGCAUCCGCAGAUUGUGGACGCGGCCGUCAUCGGAAUCACCUUCCCUGGUGCUGAUACCGAGUAUCCGCGCGCCUAUGUGGUUCGACGACCCGGUGAUUUAGGGUCCAAGCUAACAGAAGCUGAGAUUCAGGAAUAUGUCUUGAGCCGCCUUGCGAAAUACAAAGCGCUCACAGGUGGCGUGAAAUUUGUCGGCGCCGUUGCACGGAACCCAAGUGGGAAGAUCUUGAAGAGAAUAUUGCGCGAAGAUGCUAAGAAAGAAAUCGAGGCUGGGCUUUUGAAGGCUAAGCUUUAA